UCUUUUGAGGCUGGAAUUCCGCUGUGGCGAGGUAUUAGGGUUCAAGCGUCUACAGAUGGUACCAGGUCAACAGUGAUAUCAUAUUUUCAGUACUCAUUACUACACAUUGCACCACCAUGCUCCACUCCACCGGCUGUGCGAGAAUGUCGUGAGCUGACCGACGAAAAGGGCUGGGUUGACGUGGAUCCUAAAACAUUAAGAUCGAAACACUUCCCUAAUGUGUUCGCCGCGGGUGAUUGCAUGAACACGGGCAAUGCGAAGACGGCCGCGGCAGUUUCCAGCCAUCUGAAGACAGUUGAAAAGAAUUUGACCGCGGUGUUGGAAGGGCGAGAGCCACCAGCAAAAUAUGACGGCUAUUGUUCUUGUCCGUUGGUCAUUAGUAAGGACAGAGGCUAUCCUUGCUGA